CGCAAACAUGCCAAUAUAAAGCACUUACGUACAAAUUCACCUAAAAAAAAGUUUUGCGUUCUGAAAGAAUUGGGAGUGUACACUACAAGAGUUUUCGCUCAGUUUUCUCAACCAUAUUGAAACAUCUGAAGGGAACAAGAAACAUUCAGGAAAUGGCUAUCGCAUUCGACAGCAAUUCUAUUGUUCCGUUAUGGCUGGAUGGUACCCAACGAGUCACAAAGACCACCUUUGAUGUGGUUUCACCGGUCCACCAUCAGGUUUUGUGGAAAGCUUCUGCAGCUGACGAGGAUGACGUGCGCGACGCGAUUGCGUCUGCUGCCUCAGCCUUCAAGACAUGGCGAUGGAAAAAACCCCAGGAGCGCCGAGAUAUUUUUCUGCGGGCCUACCAGCUCUUAAAGGACCGUCGUGAUGAGAGCCACACAUACAGCAGCACAGAGACUGGCGUUCCUCCUGAGCCGUUCGGAUUCGAAUAUGGCACCGCGAUAGACAUGUGCCUCCAACUGGCAGGACUGUCCGCUAAUUACGGUACUUUAGUUGACCCUGACGAGAAAGACACCAGUGCGGCGUUCAUCAGUCAACCCUAUGGUGUGGUGUUGGGUAUUGCACCGUGGAACGCUCCUCAUACCCUCGGCAUGAGAGCCUGCCUUUUCCCACUUGCUGCUGGGAAUACGGUCAUUCUGAAAGGUCCUGAACUAGCUCCAGCCACGUACUGGCAUUUCGUCUCCAUUCUACAUGAAGCUGGACUUCCGGCCGGCUGCCUGAAUACCAUCUACCACAGGCCAAGUGAUGCUGCUGCGAUCACUCGCCAAUUGAUAUCGCACCCUACCAUCCGAAAGGUAAAUUUUACAGGUAGUACCGCAGUAGGAUCCAUUGUCGCGGGGCUUUGUGGACAAUACCUGAAACCCUGCCUGCUUGAGCUCGGCGGGAAAAAUGCAGCGAUCGUUUGCGCAGAUGCAGACCUCGAGUUGGCAGCGCAGCAGUGCGCGCUGGGGGCCUUCAACCAUGCAGGCCAAGUGUGCAUGAGCACAGAACGCAUCAUAGUCAAUGCCAGUGUCGUCGGCAACUUUCGCACGGCUUUGAAGGCAGCACUAAACCGUCUCUUUGGCCCCGACAAGGCUGCACCCAUACUCAUCAACGAGAAAUCCACAGUAAAAGUGCAAGCGCUUCUGGAUGACGCAGUUAAAAAGGGGGCCAGUGUUUUGCAUGGCUCUCUGUUCUAUGCAGAUGACGGGGGAAAUCGCCUGCGCCCUGUAGUUCUCGAGGAUGUCAAACCCGGUAUGCGCAUCUAUCAUGAAGAAUCUUUCGGUCCCUCCGUGUCGCUAUACACAGUUGCAGAUGACGAGCAGGCGUUGCAGCUAGCCAACGAUACUCCAUAUGGCUUAACUGCGGCAGUGUUUACGGAAGAUCUGCGACGGGGAUUGAAGUUUGCGAAACGACUGGAGACGGGAGCAGUACAUAUUAACAAUAUGACCAUCCACGACGAGGUGUCUCUUCCUCACGGCGGUGUUGGGGACAGUGGCUUUGGCCGUUUCAAUGGGUCGGACGGGUUGAGAGAAUGGGUUAGGACGAAAGCGAUUACCUGGCGGGACUGAUCAUGUAUUGAUAUGUUGUAUUUCGGACAAAGUAGUAUUUAUAUUUUCCACCACAUUGAUAAGCACCCUCAGGUAGAAGGGAGAUGAACUAAGCGGAGUUGAUAUGAAUAUAUAAUCUCAAUCUAGCAGGACGUUGACAUGAG